AUGUAUCUACGCCAGCCAAUAUUCCGGAUAGCGUGGUGCAGAAGGCCUCUGGCUCAGGUCAAUCGCCGUUUCAUCUCAUCCGAAAAGACUGUACCCGCCGACAAGCCACAUGCAUUCCAAUCGCUGCCUCCAGAGUGGGAGGAUGAACCCCCUUCGCUGGAGGAUUUUACACAGCUACCACACAAGGACUUUGGAAAGAACCAGCUGAUACAAACGAAUGAAGAGUUCAAGCGAUCAUUACGAGGCAUUCUCCGGCAAUUUCCACCCGUCACCUAUGCGUUUGCCUAUGGCUCCGGUGUCUUCCCUCAGUCAGCUGCGACAGCUUCGCGCACGUCGCAAUCGCCUCAUCCGAACGCGCCCGAGGCGAUACUCAAGUGGCAGAAGGGCGGCGGAAAGAUGAUAGACUUUAUCUUGACACCUCGGUUCUCGCAGCACUUCCACUCGCUCAAUCUGCGCGAACACCGAGACCACUAUUCUUUCCUGGGGUCACUCGGUUCAGGGGUCGUCAGCCAUGUGCAAGACAAAUAUGGUGCUGGUGCCUACUUUAAUCCGUAUGUGAUAGUGAACGGAACUAUGAUCAAGUACGCUGUCGUCAACUACGAAACGCUCCUUCGCGAUCUCACCGAUUGGGACACCCUCUACUUCGCCGGCCGCUUACACAAGCCCGUCAAGAUCCUCCACGAAGAGCCCAACCUCCGUGUCGCAAAUCAACGUAACCUCCUCUCUGCCGUACGAUGCGCGCUUCUUCUUCUUCCCGAGAAGUUCACUGAGAAGGAACUAUACUCCACAAUCACUGGCUUGAGCUAUCAGGGCGAUCCGCGUAUGCAAUAUGGCAGCGAGAACCCCAAGAAAAUUGACAACAUCGUCACGCAUCAAAUACGAAACUUCAGAUACCUGUACCACGACCUCAUAAUGUCACUACCAAAUAUCUUGUACGCUGACGACUCCGCGGUACGCACGGCUGGAUGGAUAGAAGACCAGGGCCUCGAUCAGAAGAUGUCACAAGACAUGGAUCCUGAAAGGCGCGCCACUAUGAUUAGGCGAUUGCCCAAGAAGUUCCGUGAAAAGGUCUACUUCCAAUACCGCGGCAAGUUUGGCAUCUCAGGCCGCGAUUAUCAGGAAAUGUUGGAAGCAAGCAAAGACGAGUCUUCUGGAGGUAUAGUUAAGAAGCAGGUUGCUGGUGACUUCGACAAGCGGAUUGCCAGAGAGAAGGACGUUCCACAAAUGGUCACCAAGGCGAUCAACCAAACGGUCAAGUGGCCUUCGACUGUGCAGACUCUGAAGGGACCUCUUACCGCAGGCUUCUCCAAGUCGUUGCGCUACCUGCAAGAGAAGAGGGAGAAGGCAAAGAUGAAAUGA